AUGGGGGCCGCCCUUCCCCGGGGGCAGGGGCGUGGGGAACCCGGCGGUGCGGAGGGAGGAAAGAGCGACGAGGUCAGAGGAAACCGAAGGCUCCUGGGGCACCAAAGGGCUUCCCGCAGUCGGGGAAUGAGCCCUGGGGAGGAGCCUUUCGCGAGAAACGUGAGCGCGCCCCAACACGCAGACCUCAUAAACCUCCUUGGCAAAGACCGGGGAAGCGGCUGGCGGACCGACUGCGGUGAACUCCAGAAAUUAACCUGCGCUACAAUUAAACGGGCUGUCGCCUUUUCAGACUCACCUCGAGCGAGCGAGAUAGAAGCUCCCGAACCGGCGGUGGGGGGACCUGGGUCCACCCUCCCGUCCCAGGAGAAGAGGACAAAAAGGGGAGAUGGACUUGGAGAUGGCCCCGCCCUUCAAACGCUCCAAUCCUUGGAAACCAAACCUCCUCUCCAAGCCUCCACGUCUAGAAGGGACAAAGGCAGCGAGGAGAUCCGUAGAGAACCGAUGGGGAGGAUAGGUGGCUUUCGGCUUCUGGUGGUGGGCGCGUGGAGGGGGCUGGGGGGGGAGGAACAGUGGCUAAGUUUCCAGCCCACGUAUAACAAUCUAGGAUGGUCUUCAGAAGAUACACCGGGUCUCCUGGUUUGGAAGCAAAUUGCCUUCCCAAAACUGUGA